UAUAAACAUUUAACAUCUCUAACUUUCUGGCAUAUCGCGCGUGUUGCUUAAAAAUAUUUUUAACAAUUUUUUUGCAUUAAAAUUAAAAUUAAAAAAAAUGGGCAACGUGCUAGCGGCAUCCUCAGGCAAAAGCAACAGCGUGUCUGCCGGUCUGAGUCUCCCCGAGCCGGUGGUUUCACCCACACAAACAUCGGUAUCGAGCGACCCCACCGACACUGCCGGGAAGGAUAUUUUUCUGGAGAAUCCCGGAACCGUAGAGGAACUGCACAAAAAAUGCAAAGAUAUACAGGCCGUAACCUUCGAGGGAGCCAAAAUCAUGCUGAACAAGGGACUCAGCAAUCACUUCCAGGUCUCGCACACCAUCAACAUGAGCAACACGGUGCCGAGCGGCUACCGCUUCGGCGCCACCUACGUGGGCACCAAGCAGUUUAGCCCCACCGAGGCAUUCCCAGUGCUCCUAGGCGACAUUGAUCCAUCCGGCAAUCUGAAUGCCAAUGUCAUUCACCAGUUCUCGCCGCGCGUUCGCUGCAAGUUUGCCUCGCAGGUCCAGGACUCGAAGAUGGUGGCCUCACAGUUGACAACUGAUUAUCGUGGCAACGACUUCACGGGCUCGCUCACCGUGGCCAAUCCAAAUCUUUUCAACAACUCUGGCGUAAUCGUUGGCCAGUAUUUGCAGUCGGUGACUCCAGCCGUUGCCUUGGGCGCCGAGAUAGCUUAUCAGUAUGGGCCGAAUGUGCCCGGACGCCAGAUUGCCCUUGUUUCAGCCCUGGGCCGCUACACAAGCGGCAACACGACGUGGUCCGGCACAUUGGGACUGAGUGGAUUGCAUCUGUGUUUCUACCAGAAGGCCAGUGAACAGCUACAGAUUGGUGCCGAAGUCGAAACUAGCCUGCGCAUGCAAGAGUCGGUCGCCACUGUAGCCUAUCAGAUUGAUUUGCCCAAGGCUGAUUUGGUCUUCCGAGGCUCUAUUGACACCAACUGGCAUAUUUCGGGGGUGCUGGAGAAGCGUCUGCAGCCAUUGCCAUUCACGCUCUUAUUGAGCGGCCGCAUGAACCAUGUGAAGAACAACUUUAGACUGGGCUGCGGGCUGAUGAUCGGUUAACCGGUAGCUGCAGCACCCGUUAACCAAAUUUUAGCCACAGACCCCGCCCCCCGAACCACAUUCACAUUCACAUCCAGUCAAGUUUAGCACAUCAUUGCCCACCCGCCACCAGCACAGACAAUUCUUUUGAUUAAUUCGAAAUGUACCUUGCGGCGUUUUUGUCUGCAACAAUCUGCAAUGUAUCAAAAGACCGAAGAACAGAAAAAUUUGUUUAAGCUUAUGGGGAUUAAGCCGCCGCUGACGCCGCCGACGCCGCUACCAUCGUUUGCUUCGUUCUUCUAAAAGAGAGAGUUUUCAGUUAGGUAUCUAGGAAUAUUCCACAUUUCCACACAUUUUAAAGCACACAUCCAACAAAGAAUUGUCGCUGUACAUUUUAAGUUGCUUCCUAGAAGAUGAAAAAGGAGAAGAAACGUACGCAUUUAUUUUGAACAAUCAAACAGCCAGCAAACCAAGAACAACCACAAGACCACACACGCAACACACACUCACGUACACACAGAGAAUAUCAGGAACAUCAAUAGUUUUCAAAAUCCGUAAUGAAAAGAGUUAAUAAUAAAUGCGUAUUAAAUGUAUGUUACAUUGUAAAAUUGGUAACGAAACUGCUUUAAGUUUAUAAUUUAUAAAUUAACAAUUAGUUAUAAUAACAAAAAACUUUGUUAAACCAACUUUUACCUUUGUGGCGCGCCUAGAAAGAGACAGACGCAGACGCAGAGAAAGAGAAAGAGAGAAAAGGAAGAAAGAGACGAAACGUUAGCGCCAAAACGUUGUGAGGGAAAAAAAACCAAACAAAAAAACACUAAUAAAAAAACUCUACAAAAGAAA